AUGACUACCACCACCCCCAAGACUACUACCGCCCUCAUGACUACUACCGCCCCAAAGACUACUACCACCUCGGAGACUACUACCACCCCAAAGACGACUACCACUGCGAAGACUACUACCACCCCCAAGACUACUACCAACCCCAAGACUACUAUCACCCCCAAGACUACUACCGCCCCCAAGACUACUACCACCCCCAAGACUACUACCACCCCCAAGACUACUACCGCCCCCAAGACUACUACCACCCCCAAGACUACCAUCACCCCCAAGACUACUACCACCCCCAAUACUACUACCACCCCCAAGACUAUUACCACCCCCAUGACUACUACCACCCCCAUGACUACUACCACCCCCAAGACUAUUACCACCCCCAAGACUACAACCGCCCCCAAGACUACUACUGCCCCAAAGACUACUACCACCUCGGAGACUACUACCACCCCAAAGACGACUACCACCGCGAAGACUACUACCACCGCCAAUACUACUACCAACCCCAAGACUACUACCAACCCCAAGACUACUAUCACCCCCAAGACUACUACCACCCCAAAGACUACUACCACCCCCAAGACUACAACCACCCCCAAUACUACUACCACCCUGAGGACUACUACCACCCCCAAGACUACUAUUACCCCGAAGACUACUACCACCCCCAAGACUACAAACCAACCUGAAGACUACAGCUGCCUAAAUACGAAAGAGGAAGUGUCUGAGUUAGGGUAG